AUGCAGGGCAGACAAGCCUCUCACCUCCCUGCAGGGCUAUUGCAGGCUCCUCAGUCAGCAGGAGGUGGUACAAGCCACACCAAUGGUGAUGACAGAGGAAGCUCUGCCCUUUGUUCAGGAGCACCGCGGGUGCUUUCUCGGCCCGCGUUGCUGCUCUCACAGCCACCAGAAAUUGUGAUCAGAGGACACCUGACUGGUCAUGUGCAAGGAGCACUGCUCGUCCUGCCUGCACAGCACUCCACAGCUGGGCUGGAGGAACUCACUCUCUCCGAGGACAGCAAGAGAACAGGAACUGUACGUUUUGAUACUCCCAAAAUGAACCACAGCAGCUGCAAUAUCACAGCCUAUGAAAUAUUCUCAGUUUUCCAGCUGUGUGUUUACAUCCCAGUUCUGGUUUUGGGCAUUGUGCUGAACGUGUUGGCGCUGUGGGUGUUCUGUUACAAACUUGGCAAAUGGACAGAAACCAGAGUGUACAUGGUCAACUUGGCUGUGGCUGACUGCUUGCUGCUCUUCACCUUGCCGUUCAAAACUCUGUCCCAGUUCCAGCGCCUGAAGGUGGGUGGCUGGUGCCUGGUUCUGGAAGGUGGCUAUUUCACAAACCGCUUCAUGAGCAUCGGCAUCAUCACCCUCAUUGCUGCUGACAGGUACCUUGCAAUCAAGUACCCUUUGAGAUCCAAGGCACUCAGGUCUCCACUGAUGGCAGCUUUUGCCUCUGGAGUCCUCUGGACAGUCAUCAUCUGUGAGACUUCUCUCAUUAAAAGCUUUGAGGACCGAAGAGAAGAUGAUUUUUGCUUUGAAAAAUCUUCUGUGACGCCCUCGGUGAUCACACUGUGUACCAUUAUUGCGGGGUUUUUCAUACCACUGCUCAUCUUGAGUUACUGCUCCAUAAAAAUCAUUGCAGAGCUCAGGAGGAAGAAGACUGACAACUGUUGCAAUGAAAUGCUGACCAGGAAAGCUGUCUACAUUGUGUCUGCAAACAUGGCUGUGUUCAUCAUCUGCUUUUUACCUCUUUAUCUCGGGCAUCUGCUCCGCUUCGUCCUGGACUCCGUCAGCUCCGACUGCUCGGCAAUACAGAGCGUCAACAACUUCGUGCACUUCGCCUCCAUCCUGGCCAACACAAACUGCUGCCUGGAUGCCAUUUGUUACUACUUUGUCAACCAGGAAUUUAAGGAAGCAUCUCCCAAGCUAGCAAAGUCCAAAUCUGAGGCCGGUGAAGGAGCUGAAAUUCAGCUCUCACUUGUAACACGUUAACACAAAACACAUACAGCACACAUUUUAUAUUUGCCGUGUUCAACUGGGACUCACUAGCAGGGUUUCACACUUGCUUUUUAUAAGAGUGGGGUGGAGGGACAUUGUACUAAUGGGAAACAUUCAGAUACAUGAUUCAGCUCUGAAUCAGAUAACCACAGCAGUCCAGGUUCUGAUCUAAGGAUCUAGAUUGCCGUUGACAAAUCUCUGCCUUAAUGCAAAUUUGCGUAAAAGGGUAGCGUAGAUUUCCCCUGCCAAAAAUCCCCAUCUUUCAUUUUCCCAUGAAACCCAAAAGAAGCGCAGGCACUGGUAAAGGAUUGGGUUUUGUCUCUCAUCCCCACCUUGGAUCAGUGCUUGUGCAGCUGUGACAAAGAAACAGGCUAUUCCAAGUGUCAACAAACUUCUUAAAAAAUCAGAGUGAAAGCGUGCAGAAAAAGAAGGGAUGGUGUUUCUGUAAGUCACAAUCUUACUGGUUUUUAGUUGCCAAUAAUGCACAAUCCCAUAAAAGGCAUAUUUAGCUUGCUUUAAAGAACUUUACAGCAAUGUAACAGCUACAAAAUGACCAUCAUUACAAGACCAUGUCAGAAGAAAUUGCAAUUGCUUGUACUGAGGGAAAACUUGUGUAAGUCAAGAUGUUUGAGUCAAAUGGCAUUAAAAUCAAAGAGUUGGUGCAGGGCAGUGGGAACAAGGACUCU